UAUGGUGCCCAUGCUUAAAUACACCGCCGAAUCCUGUCAAGACCAGUGGGCCGCGAGAAACUCAAAGGUGCCUUCACCGCCACGGCACAGCGACGACCCCAGACACCCGUUACCGGAACCAAAACGCAAGUCCACAUGCUGUCAGAAGUGCAAGUCCGCCUGCUCGGCGUCUUCGUCUCUGUGUUAUGGCUGCUGGAUGAGCCGCGAGGCACCGCUGCGAUGGGCCCCCAUCGGACCUGCGGCAUUCGGACUGCAAGACGUGCUCGAGUGGUUGGGGGCCAAAUGGCAUAUGACGGAGAAUUCCCCUGGCUGGUUUCCAUACAAUUUGUACCGUCAAUUGGGGAAAAUAAGUGUGGCGGCACUAUCCUGAAUGAACGGUGGAUUCUCACAGCGGCUCACUGCUUUUACGGAUAUCAUAAGUCUAACUUCAUCGUCCGUGUGGCGGAGUAUAACCUUCGUACAAAGGAGCCCCGAACACCCGCCAUGACGUACACCAUCGACAAGUUAAUCAUGCACCCGGACUACCGCAAGGUCAAGAAAUACGACAACGACAUCGCGCUGGUUCGGCUGAGCCUGAAGAUCCGCUACAGCGAGUACGCGCAGCCUGCUUGCCUUCCAAGUCUCACACUGACCGACACAACUGGCAUCAACGUUACUGUCGUUGGCUGGGGGCAAGUGUCCGAGGAUGUCCCUAAGACGCCAGCUGUCCCACUGAAAGCUGUCCUGACCGUCUUUGACAACCAGAUCUGCAACACCUGGCUCCAUAAUCACUCCAUGCGAGUCCUUGACAACCACAUGUGCGCGGGUGUUGAAGAAGGUGGAAAGGACGCUUGCCAUGGCGACUCUGGAGGACCACUCCUUGCGGUGAACGACCGUCGCUACGUGGUUGUGGGCGUGGUGGCAGCAGGGGACGGCUGUGCCCUGCCUAGGACACCUGGCAUCUAUACGCGGGUAACAGCGUUUCUGCCCUGGAUAAUGGACCACAUCUCUCCGGACAGCAGCGACAUUGCCAACAUCGCUAGCCCGGUGCACCGUAGCUUGCUGGUGAUAUUGGCGGCGUGGAGCGCUUUCCUUUCGUGCCCGCUUGCGUCGUACGCUGCUGUUCUUGCUCAACAAGCAAGCUACCAGUGUGGCAGGCAGAUGAUACGUGAUGGGAGAAUCGUGGGUGGACACGAUGCUUACGACGGCGAAUUUCCUUGGGUGGCGUCUCUGCGUCUUUACGGUCAGCAUUUUUGCGGCGGCGCUAUUCUUAACAAGCGCUGGAUUAUCACGGCUGCGCACUGUCUUCGCAGCAAACCACCGCGGCUCUUCAGCGUUCGGCUGGGAGAGUACAGCAUAGGAAAGACGGAGGAAGAUCAUGAACCGCAGGAUAUCCGCCUGGUCCGCUACAUCAUCCACCCACGUUAUUCGCAGCCCAGGCGAUACAACAACGACGUCGCCCUAUUAGAGCUCGCCCAGGAUAUAAAGUUCAACCGCUAUGUCAUUCCCAUCUGUCUUCCGGAAGGGCCGCUACAGCUGAAAGGAAGAUCUGCUACUGUCGCCGGCUGGGGCAACAUCAAGGAUAUCGACAAAGAUUCCUCGGGGGAUGGCUUCGCCGGAGCGAGGAAAGACAUUCUGCAGAAGGUGACCGUGCCCAUCGUUGCCAACGAGGAGUGCAACGGCUGGUACGCCCAGUCGGGCAAGCUGGUGCAUCUUCAAGACACGCAGCUUUGUGCGGGCUUCAAAGAAGGAAAGAAAGACGCCUGCCAGGGUGACUCUGGCGGCCCCCUGAUGUUCUACGACGGCUCCAAGUACGUGCUGAUUGGUGUCAUCUCAGCGGGAUUCGGCUGCGCACGGCCCUUGCUCCCAGGCCUCUACACGAGGGUGUCCGAAUACAAGCCCUGGCUUAACAAGUACAUAAAUUCUUGAAGAGCGGCCCUGUGCUGUGCUAGGAAAUUGCUAUAAAUGUAGCUGCUGCAAGGACACGAACGCAUGAAGUGAUAUGUGUCAUGGAAAUAUAUCGAUCGUGACCGAGCACCCGAACAGUCUGCCUCUGGAUCUUCCACUUCGACAUUUUGGAAGAAGCUUUGGUCCACCUACAACAUGCAUUCGCGACUCUUCUGUGUAGCCUAGUCUCGUACCUCGACCCAGUCGAGCGCUUGCUCGUGUCUGUCGUGGUUGCAUUCAAGCACGUUUCCUGGCUAGAUGUGUGUGUUCUGUUUCAGUCUGCUAAAACUCAUUGUGCAAGAUGAAAAUUUAACACUGCACCAAAGAAACGACCUACGAGAAGUUUUCAAACAUAAAAGGGUAUAGAUGUAAAAGUGUAUAGAUGUAUGCCGCAAUGGGUAUAUAAUUAUGAACGGCAGUACUGGUAGCGACCUCUUGUGAAACUGCGAUUAACCAUAAUGACAUAGGAGCGUUCUCGCAUGGUCAGACUAUGCAACAUUUUCGGCAAAGAAUAUUAUGUCGUUAUUCCUGUGACGCCUAGCGUACGAACAUUUGGAUAGGUGCACUUGUCAGGCACCCCGAUUUUUUUUUUUGAAAUUUUACACAACCUUCAGCAGCACGUUUACGCUGGCACUUGAAUGGAACACUGUGAUAGCAAUGCUAGGUCAGCGCGUUUAGACCCAGUGCAGCUCCGCAAGAUGUCUCCACCAGCAAUGCUGUUUGUUUGUGCACUUUUCGGUGCGUCGGUAUACGUCUACGCUAGCAUCUCACCCUGUGCUAAAACCUGUAACGUUUACGAAACCAUGCUAAUAACUAGUGGACGGAAACAUGUUCUGCUGUUUACAACAACAAGUAACUUCGUCACCGUGCAUUACGAUAAUGAGUAGUGAUAUCGUUAUUUACCUAUAUGAUUCAGGGCUGUAGAAUUGCGAUCAAUUUCGCGCUUUGGAUGGCGCAUUUAGUAAAGACUGAGCAUGUUUAUGUUUAAUUUCUGCUGUCUUUUAAUUUGGCUUCUUUAUCAGGCCGUAAUUUCCUCCGUGAAUUUUUUAAGGGAGAUAACUAAGCUUAAGAUUGCGCGAAGGUUUUCGAGCCUCCUCAGGAGUCAAUCUAGAAGAGCGGACAGUUUUGUUAUAUUUUGACUGUAUGCGUGCCGUUCUUGUUUUGCAUGUUUAAGUGUGUUAUUACGUGCAUGUUUUCAAUCUCUUGUACUUUACCUAGUCACCUAAUCUUGUGAGCCCAGUGACCCGAUCUUGUAAACCAGUGUUGCCUCUCUGUCUACCUUUAUGUGGAAAACGUAAUAAAAUUACAAAUGUCUUUGCUCUGC